UAGGAUGGUCCGGAUCUCACUGUGCUGCUCCCAGGCUCUGCUUCCCUAUUUUGUCACAGCUAUGUCCUGCCAUCCUGCCCCCUCCAGCGCUUUCAUUGCUUCAGGCUACACGGACAACAAAGGAGUUCAAGCACUUUGAGCCCUGAGUACACACAGUGGAGCAAGCGGAAGGAGCUGGAGCAUUGAGGACCCACAGGAGAACAGACAGAAUUGCCAAACCUGCCUUCAGAACUUGCUCCACCUCUACAACCAGUCAGGGCGUUCUACUUUCAACUCCCACCGGGUUCCUCUUUCGGACACAAACGAUGCACUCAGCUCUCAUUGGACACCAGAGAAACCAAUCAGUGACACAGAGGUUACAAGUAGAGCAGUUGACAGGAAUCGCUUCUACACCCUUCACAGGCCCUUGUACUGAGGACAAUGUCUUCUUCCUGGCUCAAGUUGUUGGUUAGAGCCAUAGUUCUUCUGGUCCAGACACAGGCUAUCCUUGUCUCCCCUGCCUUCUCCUAGGACCCUGGUCCCUGGAUGAGGGUCGGUGUCUCACUGCUGGCCUCCCCCAGGCUCGCACUCCCUGCGGUAUUUCUACACCGCUGUGUCCCGGCCCGGCCUCGGGGAGCCCCGGUUCAUCGCCGUCGGCUACGUGGACGACACGCAGUUCGUGCGCUUCGACAGCGACGCGGAGACACCGAGGAUGGAGCCGAGGGCACCAUGGAUGACGCAGGAGGAGCCGGAGUAUUGGGAUAGGGAGACGCAGAAAGCCAGGAACACAGGGAAGAACUUCAAACUGAACCUCAAGACCCUGCUUGGCUACUACAAUCAGAGUGACAACCAACCUCACACUCUGCAGUGGAUGUAUGGCUGUGACCUGGGUCCAGAUGGACGCCUGCUCCGUGGGUACUGUCAGGAGGCCUAUGAUGGCCGGGAUUAUAUCUCCCUGAACGAGGACCUGCGCUCCUGGACCGCAACUGACGCGGCCUCUCAGAUCUCUAAGCGCAAGUCAGAGAAGGCAGAGGAGGCUGACCACCAGAGAGCAUACCUGCAGGGCCUCUGCAUACACUGGCUCCAUAGAUACCUGCAGCUGGGGAACGCGACCCUGCUGCGCUCAGACCCCCCAAAGGCACAUGUGGCCCAUCAUCCUGGACCUAAAGAUGAUGUCACCCUGAGGUGCUGGGCCCGGGGCUUCUACCCUGCUGACAUCGCCCUGAUCUGGCAGAGGGAGGAAGAGGAACAGACUCAGGACAUGGAGCUGGUGGAGACCAGACCUUCUGGAGAUGGAACCUUCCAGAAGUGGGCAUCUCUGGUGGUUCCUUCUGGGGAGGAGCACAAAUACACAUGCCAUGUGCACCAUGAGGGGCUGCCUGAGCCCCUCACCCUGAGAUGGGAGCCUCCUCAGUCCACGGUCCCCAUCAUGGCAGCAGUCAUUGCUGGUCUGGUUCUCCUUGGAGCUGUGAUCAUUGGAGCUGUGGUGGCUGUUGUGAUGAAGAGGAGGAGAAACACAGGUGGAAAAGGAGGCUAUUAUCAUGUUGUAGCUUUAGACAUCUGCCUCGUGGGACUGAGUAAGGGCUGACUCAGGAAACACCAGAUCUCUGGGGAUGAUGAAGAUCUGCAAAAGCCACUCCUACCAACCAGUACACUGACCCUGAGUUCCUUUCCAGGACCAAGCUUCCUGUUCCCAAUACUAACAGGAGAGACUCUAUUAAUAAAUAAAGCUUGCUUGAAUAUCAGAGCAAAGCAGCCAUGUUUGCCAGCCAUAGAGGCCAGGCAGUGGUGGCACACACCUUUAAUCCCAGCAGCCACACUAGGUAGCCAUAGAGGCCAGGUGGGGGUGGUGCAUGAUUUUAAUCCCAGCACUAGAGAGGGAUAUAAAAUAGGAGGAGACAGAUCUCAGCCCAGUCUCAGUCUGAAUCUGAGGAUUCCUGGAGGCAGAAUCACCCAUUUUUGGUCUGAGGUAGAGGUUAGAGCCAAUGACUGGCUGCUUUGCUUUUCUGAUCUUCAUCUUGAACUCCGAUAUCUGUCUCUGGGUUUUUAUUAUUCAUGCAACAGGGGACAAGCUCCAUCUUGCCACCUCCAUGCUACUUGACUUCCCUACUGAAAAUAAGAAUCUGAUUCUUAGCCGGGUGUUUCCCAUUGUCGCUGUCUCCGGCAAAUGGAAACAGUUUCAGCCAUGUAAAGCAGCAGUGUUCUGCAGUGUCAGCGACCACUCCACAGAUGUGUGUGCUCCGUGUGUGACAUACUUUCAUUCCUGCAGGUAGCCCACGCUAUGAGCCCACCAUCCCUCCUAUGUCAAUUUAGGUUGUUUUUAAAAAAGGGGAAGAGGGGCUGAAGAGACGGCAUGAACAGUCACGGGACUUUACCUGUGUCUAUUUAUCACUAGUCAUCUAGUUUCUUUACUGUUCACACAAGGCCACUAAAGGACCGGGGUGCAGGGUGGCUGGAGAGAUGGCUCAGUGGUUGAGCGUUUGCUGCUCUUCCAGGAGACCCGACUUCAACUCCAGCAGCUCCUGAAACCCCAGCUCCAGGGGACCUGAUACUCUCCUCUGGGCUUCAUGGACACUA